AUGGAAUAUUUUCGUGACAAUGAUAACAAGUUAGUAUAUAUUCAAAAUAUUUUAUAGAAUUAAUUUCUUGUUGUAUUAUAUUAUAUACGUGUUCAUCUUUCUUCAUUAGCAUCCAACAAGCUUUUGAUGAGUUUUUUAAAACAAAAAAUAUAGAAGAACAAUGCACAGAAGAAUCCUUCAAGCAACUGCAUGAAGCAUUUUUGGUACUUGAGAAUUUGAGAAAGAAUUAAAAUAUUUUUUAAAAAGUUUUAAACAAAUAUUACUAACAUAAUAUGAAGUGGUAUAAUUUACAAUUUAUAAUUUCGAAAUUUGAUAUCUUUAUCUCUCGCAUAUACGCUUUAGUAAUUACUAUAAUAAUUUUUAUUUUCUGUAGAUUUCACCAAAUGAAGAGAUGGAUAUAACCCAAUUAUAUGACGCAUUUGAAAAUAUAUUACACAUUCGAAUGCCAUAUGAUGAAUUUAAAAUUUUAUUUAAAAAAAUGAAUUUGAAGAGAGAUGGAAAUAUUACCUGGAAUGAAUUUAUUUCGUAUUUAUUAGUAGAAUUUCAAAAGAAAGAUACUACAUUACAAUGGCAAAUGUUGAGACUUCCAAUAACUGAUACUCCUCAACUUUUGAAAUCAAAUCAUCGUACAGCUAUACACAAAAUCAUAUUUUGCCCUGAAGUUUUAUCUGAUAGAACUGCGAGUUUUCACAGAGGAUUUUAUUUAACUAUAACUAAAGAAGGUAUCAUAAAUUACUGGACUUUGGAUUUAAAAUACGAACGUAGCGCGCAAUCUGUAAAUCCAUAUUUAAAAGUACAACAGACUUUAAUAACCGAUAUGAUAGUAUUGCCUGAUAUACAAAUAGUAUGCACAAGUUCUACUGAAUGUGAUCUAAGAUUUUAUGAUACAGCAGCAAAGAAAUUUGAUCUUCGAAUAAUGAUAUCUGGCUUGGACAAUGCAGUCAUUUGUAUGGAUUAUUAUUUUAGUAAAAAUAUUAAAGAAGAUUCAUAUAUUGUGCUUGGAGAUAUGAAUGGAUCUGUCAAAGUUAUGUCUUUUAGUCCAAUAGAAAGAGGACCAUUUAAACAAGAACCUCAACGUGAUACUUUAUUUAUUCGUUAUGAAUCUGUCUUGAAGGCAAAUAAUUUAUCUUUGAAAGGUGAACUAAAAGGUUUAAAGGUUUUAGAAUUUAAGAAUGUACAUACAGACUGGGUAUUGCAAGUAGCUUAUUACGGAAGUUUAAGAGCUUUUAUGUCCAGUAGUAAAUGCAAUAGUUGUUCCUUAUUAUUCAGUGAUCUCACAGGAGCUAGGAUUCAAUACAGGUUUAAAGUUAACAUGGGUAUAUCCUGUUUCACAUUUUGCGAAGAGGGUCAAUUAUUAAUAACUGGUGGACCGGACUGUGUAGUUCGGGUUUGGAACCCUUUCGUGACCAGAAGAGCAAAUAGUACUUUUCAAGGUCAUCGUGCGCCUAUUUGCGCUUUAAUUGUACAAGAUGGUAAACGCGUGUAUUCUCUUUCAAAAGAUAGAUGUGUCAAAGUGUGGGAUGUAUUAGCUCAGUCUUGUAUUCAGACGUACAAUGGCCUCCCUAGUGAAUUAGGUGAAUAUAUAUCAAUGUCUGUAAUAUAUAAUACAUUGAAUCGCAAAAUGAUUAUUGCUAGUUCAAUGAUUGCUGUGAUCAUUUGCGAUCCUGAAGUCAACAAAGAAAUAUCUGACGGUUUUACACACACAAAGCCUAUCAGCUGUGUUUUGUAUAAUCAUCUCUACAAAGUGGUAGUUACAACUGGAUUAGAUUCUUGUAUAAUAGUUUGGGAUCCAUGGCUUGGAAAUCGUUUGUUCUUAGUAACUCAUGCACACAGUAGAUUCUUAUAUGGUCAGUUUCAUGACAUUGAAAUCACUGCUGCUUGUUUCGAUGAGUCUGAACAAUUAUUAGUGUCAGGUGCUCGUGAUGGAACAUUAAAAAUAUGGAAUUUUAAUACUGGCACUUGUUUACGAAAUAUGACACUUGAAACUCAAUGGUACUUAUUACAUUUGGAAUCGUCAAGUCGUAGAAUUUGCAACUUCUGACGCAUAUGUAUUUAGAAAAGAUUGGGGAAUAAUCCAUACUGAUGAUAUUCUUUGUUCAGCCAUGUGGUACCCUCAAGUAUUGGCUACGGCAACUUUUAAUGGAGAAAUAAUACUUUGGAGACUAGAAACAGGUCAACCAUACCGAAAAUAUAAAGUUAAUGAACCAAUGUCAAGUCAACAUGCGAUGGUUUCUAAAUAUCAAGAAUCUGCAUUGAAUAUUACACGAUUUGUUGCUGUGCGAGCUGUGAUAUUUUUAAAUGCCCGACCAGUUGGACCUAAUAUUGGAACAUUGUUAGUUUCUCUUGAUUCAGGAUAUAUACAAGUAUGGACUCAUCAUCCUGCUGGUGGAUUUCUACAAGCUUUCUUAGUUAUUCAUUCUGUAUACGAUUGUGCAUUAGCAUUAGCAACCGACCCUAAAAAUCACUUUCUCGUAACGGGUAAAGAAAGACAUAAUGCUGGAUAUAUUAAAGUUUGGUAUCUGGCAAAUUAUUUGUUGCCGAAUCCUCCUAAGAUAUCUAUGCCUCUUUUACGGUUGGAAUUUCCAUUUUUAUGGAAAAAAAAAAUUACUGGCAGAGCAAAAAGAGCAGUAAGAGAUCAACCUUUACCACUUUUACUUUCAUCUAUACAUGGGCAUUUAAAAUCAAUUACAUCCAUCCAAAUAAUUCCAGAUGCACGCAUUAUUAUUAGUGGUAGUACAGAUCAUUCUGUACGCUUGUGGACAUUUGGUGGUCGUUACAUCUCAACCCUUGGAACUUUUAAGCCUUGGUCAACAAUUUUACCAACGAUCCCAACAUAUCAAUAUUUUAAAGAUUACAGAUAUCCACCGGAUAUUAAAAGAGUCGCCAGUUCUACUACACUGAAAAUUUUCGAAGGAGGUAUCAGACAUGAACCAGACCUUAAACAUGAAGAAUUAAAAGAAAUUGUGAAACCUGAGCAUACUAUGAUUAAUGGGCAAAGGCUUACUAUUGCUAUGAUGGAUAAAUCAGUUCUAAUGAUCCUUGCAGAUCAACCAAUUUUAGAUACAUCUUUACCAUAUGUAAACAUUUUUAUAUCUAAUUAUCUUAUUUUGUUUAUCGCAAAAAUAAUUUGUCAAAAACACAUAGUUCAAUAAGAAUAUUAUUACAGAUACCUAUAUACACGCACUUAAAAUUAAGACCUUUGGAAAUCAUUCAAACACCAAAAUUACCAACACUUUUACAAGAACAAAAAGAAUUGAUGUAAUUUGUUUCAAUUAUUAAUUACUAUUAAUAAUAUAUGAUAUUAUUUAUAAUAAUUUUCUAUUUAAAAAAUGCAUUUGUGAUCAUGAAAUCACUGCACGUACAAAGGAAGAUAAAAGCAAACUAUAUAUAUUAAUAUCUUAAUAAUGUCAUGCGUAUUUUAAUAAAUUUUUUAAAAGAAAAGAAAAAGGCUAG